UGGAUUAUUUCUAUUAUUGAAAGGACUAAAAAUUGGAUCAAGAAAAAUUUUUGAAAAUCCUGAUCAAACGAAGUCAACAUUAGAUAUAGAUGUUGAUGUGCCAUUAUCAGGGGAUAGUAUUCCACUUUGCUAUCCAAAAGUUAGGAAUAUAUAUAAUAUUUUCCAUAAUGCAGAUCCAAUUGCGUAUCGCAUAGAGCCACUUAUUGCACGUCAUUACGGUUCCUCACUGAAGCCCGCUCUGAUCCCAUAUCAAAAGGGUGGUCUCAAAGCUGUCCAUCUCGGAAUUCAGGAGUUCGGCAAUGAGAUUGCCAGCAGAGCUACUAAUAUUUUUUCGACCGUAAGAACAUCAUUAAUGUUCACGCGAGGUCUGCAAUCAAUGCUACAACAAGGAAAUAAUACACCUCAUAAACGCUCAGCAUCAAAUUCUACUUUAAGUACUGAAGAUGAUAAAUCUACCGAUGGCAACGCGUUAACUAAUUAUCCACCAACACAAUAUGCGCAACCACCAACUACAGAUGAAAUAAAGAAAGAGAAAGAGGAUCCCGUUGGUGCUGCUAAGCUUAAAAGCUUGAAUGUUACAGGAAGAAUUGAUUAUGCAUUGCAGGAGGGUAUUUUAGAUGUAAGCUAUAUCAAUGCUAUUACAGCCCAUUUGUGUUACUGGGCUGAUUUAGAUGCGGUUAGUUUUGUUAUAAAAGAGGUUUAUAGGGAAGAUCCGGAAGAUGAAUAA